UAUUGGUUACGUUAACGUUGUUGGUUGUGAUGAACAACUGCUGCUGCUUCCACAACAAUAUCCACAUGGCAUUCAUCCGUCCAACUUGAUCCAACCCUUUCCUCCUUCUCAGCAGUACUUCUUCAGUUUGUGUUUGUCUUUGGCCAGUGACACUGUCUCACGCUGCCUCUCCCCACUUUAUUCCCCAUACGUGCACCACCUUUGCAUACACCAUGCUCACAAAUAUUCCACCCAAGAAGCCACCAACUAAGAAGUUUUUGAACUGCAUUUUAAAAACACAAUGUAUGUGAGCAUAAUUUGUAUCAAUAACAUGCAAUAAAAUGUGAUAAAAGUGAGAGUUGAUUAAUAGUGCAUAGAUUAGACUUGGUUGGCACAGUUAAACUGUUGAUUAGUUGCUGUGAGUUUGUGGAUUUGUGAUCUUGCAAGACUGGAUUUUGUUAUGGAUGGAUUUCUCUCGUCGUUGUCGACUUGGUCGUCGUGAAUGAUGAUCAGUAGUAGUGAAUAAGGAGAACGUGUUGCUAGCGGUGACUUGACGAGCAACUAACUUCGAAUUAUUCCCAAAAUAUGAGAAUCUGGGAAAUCCGGGGGAACGACGGGUAUGCUGAUUGAAAAAAUGGUGGAGAGCUCCGUAAUCCCGACAGGGCCCAGAUCCGUCGCCAACAAUAAGCCCAUAAUAGAUCUCAACGGCUUAAAUAACAACAAUAAUAACAACAACAACAAUGAGAGCGACAAUGAGAAACCAGAACCACAUGAGAUGAAUGGACAUGUGAUCAAGACUUUUGAUUCUCUGGAGGACGAAGAUGAAGAAGACGAGGAUUUUGCCACGGCUUCAUCAUCCGAGGAGGAUGACGAGACACCGGAAACAGGGACGUGCCGAAGUAGUCAUCGAGAAGGAGGAGUGAUACCGGACGUGCUGCUAAAUGAACUGCAUGAGAUCUUAGUUUCCUCGUCUUCUUCUUCGGCAGGAGGAGAGGAUGGAGAUGAAGAAAUAAGCGAUGAUGAGAAUGGGGAAAGUUGGAGCUCUCCUGGCAGCAGUAGCAGUGGUGGCAGUGGUGGCUCUUCACCGGUGUUGGUACUGGAGGCGAUCCCGGAGGAAGACUCCGACUGGGACUCCGAUACUACCCUCACCGAAUUCAGUGCGGGUGCUGAGCAUGCCCGCUUUCCGCCACUUUCCGACAUAUCGACCCAACCACCACCGCUCCAGCCCAGUGUUCUUCUCCCUGGGCCCAAAGAACCAUCAACAGUGCCAGCCGUCGUCCUCCACUCCGAGUGUCAAGUAAAUAAGGGCCCCACUCAAGGACCACUCGUCUCCCUUGCAUCGUCAGAGCCCACCACAUUGCCACCCACUCACCCAGAAGGAGAAAAUACCCCCACUGACAGCCCCACUCAGUUGACAGAGUCGGGACGGGACUCUGGCAACGGAACGGGGUCACCGACUCCAGAUAUUUACACGACUGUCACUACUCCUCCGACUCUCUCGGAUCCCUUCAAGAGAACUGUGUCAUUCCUUGAACCCUGUGAAACCAGUAGUUCUGCUGGUGAGGACAGUCACGAAGAAGAGAAAGCAGUGCUCCGGAAGGACGAUAAUAAUCAUUCUGGUUGUGAAAGUGCAACAGAGCAAGACGGAGCAGGGAAGAAUAAUCAACCCGCAGAGGAGAAUCCAGCAGUACAACCCGAGUCAUUAUUACAUAAUCCUCCAGGAGAAGAGCAACAAACUCUCCACUCCGCACUCGUGUCUCCUCUUCACAUACGACCACAUGGGCAAAGUGACCCCGCUCCAAAAUCUGACCCCGAUUCGCCCCACAGAAAGAAAGUACAAAGAGAAAAUGGUUCAUUUCGUGUAAAAAAGUGUGUGACAUUCCGAGACGACUGUAAGCAGUCUGGGACAAGGGAGAGUUUCGUCUCGAGAGGGGAAAGUGGUGGUGGAGACAAGAGUGAGGUGAGCAGAAGGGCUGGUGGGAGGUGCCCUGCAGGUGCUGCUGGGGUCGAGGAGGGGGAGCAGCAUCAGCGAGUCUUAGCCGCCCCCUCCGGCCCAGCCUCGGAAUAUUUUGUAGUCAAACUACUCGCGGCCGAGCAACAGCGACAACUGGACCUGGUCGACCUCACCAAGUUGACGAACAACAUCGGAGGAGCAGGGUCCUAUGACGGAGGACGAGAACUGAGCAAAUUCAUCGAAGCUGAAACUGCAGGAUCGUACUUUAGUGACAAUAAUAAUUCGGAAACUUCAGGAGAGAUGCAUCAAAGACUGUCUUCCUCUUGCUCGGAGCAUCAACAUCUUCCACCCGGCGUUCCGAGGGAGAAGCCACGCUCCGUUUUGCGAAAAGUGGGCGCCGCGGUGAAGAAAUCGGGUCGCAAUGUGUCGUUUAAUGAGUCUCUCAACCUUUUUUACGAGGCGGAGUGUCAGUGCUGGAUUCACGAGGAAGACUAUGCUCGCCUCCGUCAUGAGGAGCAAAUGCAACAGCAACUCAUUUACGAGCAGGCCACCCAACUCCACCAAUUGCACCACCACCAUCACCACCACCACACCCCUUACCUCACCUACGAACCUCCACCCCUCGAGUUCGAGGACACCCCCACGCUGUCCCCUCCCGAGGGCUACAAGGACCGCUUCUUCCCCCAAAUGAUGGAACACCACCAGCUCCAACAACAACUCCAGCAACAACAGCAACAGCAACAACAAUCCUCGCAGGAUCCUGAUGUGACGCGAGUGAGUCCACCAUCGCCGCCGGCCGCCCGACGGAAAGUCUUCCUUAAGGAGAGCAACUCUCCAGAGCAACAGCCGCCCGUGAUGAACCACACCCACCACCGCCCCAUCCUGAACGGGCUCGAGGAGGAGGAGGACGAGGAGAGCAGGGCCGCCAAGAAGGGCUCACGGUUUGGAGGAAUUCUGAAAGGUGGUCGAUUGUGGAGGUCAAACAGCUCGGAGUGCAAAAAAGUCUCGUCCCCAUUGGAUGAGCCGGAUCUGGUCAAAUGCACGGAACAGGGUGAUAAAAGGGCUAGGGCGGCAGAUGCAGAAAAUUUAUAUGCGCUCACAAAUGUUUCACAGCAGAACCAGUCUCAGCAGGUGGAGAUGGACGAGGUCAUGGUGACCCACCGACCUACCCAAGUCAGUAUUGGCACGGCUCCGCUGCGAACGUCGGAGCAGAUUCGCCUCGCCGUGGACUCUACGUUGAGAAUGUCUCGCUCCAAGAAGAACAAGCAGGAGUGCUCCUCUCUCGUCGAGAAACUCAGAUGGCUCACCUCACUGGAUGAUGAGGACUCAUCGGACAGCCAGUCGGUAAUUCUAGAUUCCACAGGUUUUGCGACCUGGCCGUCCCGUGACAAGAAUGGUGCCCCCAACUCUGCCCCUUCCUCGACAACAUCUUCCUCCAGAAAGUCGGAUGCCGGCACAUCCACUUCCGAGGAGUUUGUUCAUCCCACUCACGCCAUGCGGCUCCCCAUUUCUGCAAACGAAGCCAAAAUUAAGCAGAUUUCCUACACGUUGGAAGACAUUGAUGAGGGACUCAAAGGCGGUGACAACGAGUUGGAGACCUUUAUCACGGAAGACGGCAUGAGACUGGAGAGAAUCCGACGUCGCUACGGGGAAGACGUGGGUGGAGAUGACUAUGGAUUUAGCCGACGUCCCUCCGUGAAAGGAAUCAAGCCCAAGUUUUCCUCCACGAAUCAGAUUUUUGCCCAGUUUACGAGAGCAGGUGCGGAAACGCCGAUUCCUCAAAUGCAGAUGCAGAUAGAGUCACAAUACGAAAACAUGCGUCCCAUUUCCAACUCCCACUAUGAACCUCUACCUCCAAAUGGGGCCGUUGGUGGUGGUGGUGGGGAAGGAGGCAACAACGGCAGUGGUGCUAGAGUGAACUUGAACUAUGACCAAUUCCCCCCAAAUCCAACACCCACGAGCAGCAGUAGUAGCAGCGGUGCUGGUGGUGUUGGAGGUGCUGGAAAUAAUGGGAACGUUGGUGGCAAUGGGAAUGGAAGUCUAGCCCAACAACAGCCCACCGUGCGCCCAGGUAUCGCAUCCAGUGAAGAAAGUCGCAGCCAUUUCGAAAUGAUUCGGCAAUCUUUUGAGCAAGCAAGUUUCGUGAGCUACAAUCGCCCUCAUUCCUGGAGUGUGAGCACGCUUCCACACAACCACACGCACGCCAACGCUACCACUUCGACGGGACACAUUCCUCUCCCGGGCAUAGCGAAUAAUUUGAGCGGCAGUGCCCUCAACAUUCAGAGUGGUGCUGGUCCUCCCCAAGGACAACCGCAACAACCGCAGAACAACUUGUCCAUGGGGGUCCCUCUGGUCGGCAUGAACGGGGCGACGGGGAUGGGAGGCACGAGACCCAACUCGAUGCCCAUCAUGGGUCCGCAGCAGCAACAACUUUAUGGGACGCUACCACAUCAGAUGAUGGGACCGCAACAGCAAGGCCCCGGCGGGCAACCCAUUUAUGGAACUGUGCGGAGAGUACCAAAUGUGAUAGGUCGACCUUUAUUUCUACACUACGGAGCUUUGUCGGUGGAAGCGCACCCCAACAAACUUGUACAGCCAUAUCCUCCCACCAAGGUUCCCGAGACACCAUCUCCCACUCAGCAGCAGCCUCCCGCUCCAAUAAAUAAUAUUAAAUACUACGGUCCACCGAUCAGAUAUUACAAUCCGCCGCCCCCCGUCCCGCCCAGAUCUGCUACCACGGCGAUCGGUGGAGCUGGGAAUGGGGACUGCAUCGGACUCGAGCGAGGCAAUCCUGAGGGGGCAACGGACGAGGAACCUUCAAUCAAGGAACCCUACUCGAUGAACGUAUAAUAAUACUUGCCAGAGCUACGUCUCCACUAAAUAGCUUAACAAACCCACACCUGAUGAUACCCUUAGAAAUUAUUAUUACCAUUGGUAAAUAGUGUCAGAUGCAUAAAUACAUGUAUCCAUAUGUAUCAGUAAAGGAAGUAUUAUCAGCGACGUACGUAUCUAAAUAUCUCCUCCGAAGCACUACAUAAUAAAUCCAAACGUCGGAUGAGGAUCACCGGAAGCUUAAAUAUCGUACUCAUUCGACAACAAAAAGAACAAAAAACAAGUAUUUGAUACAAAUCAGUAGACUUCGUCUCAUCAUUGGGUACGAGGAAUUACUUAAAAAACAACUAACCCUGCCUGCGUACUAUAUAGCUUUAGUUUUGAAUAAUUUAAUUAUCAUCCUAUUAAUUAAUUAACCAUAAAUUCUUAAAGGGACGGUUUGUCCACUGUAUUAUUGCUGUCGUGUCAUUCAACAGAAAAGUAUUAUGCUCCUUUUUUUAUUGUAGUUUAUUAAUUAUGUAACAACUGGAGAAAAGAUGCGAGCGACGUCGACGACGCUUCUCACCUUUCUCCAAAUCAAAGUCAUUCCAAACCAAAGAUUUUAUACUCGUUGUUCUUGUGUCGUCGUGAAACUGCUGAUUUUAGAGAUGUAGUUUUAUUUGAGCUUUAUAUACAUAUAUUAAUUAAUUAAUUAAUUGAAUACUAUUCUUGGGCCACAUCAUAUUUGUCACUUAUGUAUUAAAUAUUAGUUACUGAAAUAUUUACUACUUAUAUUUAUGACUGCAGGAAAUGUUGAACUGCAUUUGAAAGCUCAUCAUCAUUCCUUCAGUAGAGUCUCCAUGAAGAAACGAGAAAAUACAGUGCAGGAAAUUUUUGUAACAAUCAGAAUCAAUAGCGUACCUUUGAAACCAUCACCUUUUUGAACACUUUUUGGACAUUUUUCCCCAAAUAAAAAGUACCCUUCAAAUUUUGGUAUAGGAAAAAAGUUUCAUAAGAAUUUGUAGCUUGAUCCAUGUCUUAGCUGACUAUUGAAAUACUCGCAAUUUGAAGUAAAUAAAGAGGUCAUAGUGAGAAAGAGGGAGAGGCAAAUAGGAAAUUAAUAGGGGAUUUGUACUCUGACUCGAAAUGAGGAAAAUGAUCACUGGACAUCAGUACCUAUGUUAUGUGUAUUGCAGCAGCAGUUUGAAAAUACUCGCAAAUUGGUUUUGAAGAAAAUAUGGAUCAAUUUAAUAUACGUUAUUAUUAAAAAAAGGAAUUAACAAAGAAAUUAAAAUGUGCCAAAGAUUAUGAUGAUGCGAAAAAAUGAAAUAAAUCGAAAACUAUAAAAUCUG